AUGGCAAUAGAAUAUGUUGCGCCAAAGCUCAUCAAUGGAAUGAUUAAAAUUGACAUUGAACAAGAAGAUAUUGAAACAGAAAUACAAUUUUGGGAUAAUGCUCUAAUCCUUUAUGUUGUGGGGAACGACCUAAGCAUGAACACGGUGAAGAACUUUAUGCAGAGAAUGUGGAAUUUCGUGAAGAUGCCAGAUUUGUAUUAUCACGAUGACGGAUAUUUUCUGAUCAGAUUUAUCUCCCAAGAAGACAAGGAAGCAGUCAUGAUGAAAGGGCCUUACAUGAUUCGAAACAUGGCCGUUAUAUUGAAGGAAUGGCAAACUGGUUUCAACUUAAAAAAGGAUAUGCUAAGAACCUUACCUAUUAGGGUCAAACUUCCCCAAUUUCCCCUCAUCUAUGGGGGGCAAAAAGUCUCAGCAAAAUUGGAAGCGCUAUUGGCAAAUCGCUGGUGA